GAGGCGGCUCUGGUCGCUGUAGUCGCCAGCUUGCUUUCUUUUUUUGUCCGCUGCUGGGUCAGCCAUGGCGGCCGUGAAGACCCUGAAUCCCAAGGCCGAGGUGGCCAGAGCCCAGGCGGCGUUGGCGGUCAAUAUCAGCGCGGCACGGGGACUGCAGGACGUGCUGAGGACCAACUUGGGGCCUAAGGGCACCAUGAAGAUGCUUGUUUCCGGCGCUGGCGAUAUCAAGCUCACCAAAGACGGCAACAUGCUGCUGCAUGAAAUGCAAAUUCAACACCCAACUGCCUCCUUAAUAGCAAAAGUAGCAACAGCCCAGGAUGACAUAACUGGCGAUGGUACUACUUCAAAUGUCCUUAUCAUUGGAGAGUUACUGAAGCAGGCGGAUCUCUACAUUUCUGAGGGUCUUCAUCCCAGAAUAAUUACUGAAGGGUUUGAAGCUGCAAAGGAAAAAGCCCUUCAGGUUUUGGAACAAAUCAAAGUAAGCAGAGAGAUGGACAGGGAAACACUUAUAGAUGUGGCCAGGACCUCUCUGCGUACUAAAGUUCAUGCUGAACUUGCAGAUGUCUUAACAGAGGCUGUAGUGGACUCCAUUUUGGCCAUUAAAAAACAAGAUGAACCUAUUGACCUCUUCAUGGUUGAGAUCAUGGAGAUGAAACAUAAAUCUGAAACUGAUACAAGCUUAAUCAGGGGACUUGUUUUGGACCAUGGGGCACGGCAUCCAGAUAUGAAAGUAGAAGAUGCGUACAUCCUCACAUGCAAUGUGUCAUUGGAAUAUGAAAAAACGGAAGUGAAUUCUGGCUUUUUUUACAAGAGUGCGGAAGAGAGAGAAAAACUAGUAAAAGCUGAAAGAAAAUUCAUUGAAGAUAGAGUUAAAAAAAUAGUAGAACUGAAAAAGAAAGUCUGUGGUGAUUCAGAUAAAGGAUUUGUUGUUAUUAAUCAAAAGGGAAUUGACCCCUUUUCCUUAGAUGCUCUUGCAAAAGAAGGCAUAGUAGCUCUGCGCAGGGCUAAAAGGAGAAAUAUGGAGAGGCUGACUCUUGCUUGUGGUGGAGUACCUCUGAAUUCUCUAGAUGACCUAAAUCCUGAUUGUUUGGGACAUGCAGGACUUGUGUAUGAAUAUACAUUGGGAGAAGAGAAGUUCACCUUUAUUGAGAAAUGUAACAAUCCUCGCUCUGUCACAUUAUUGGUCAAAGGACCAAAUAAGCACACACUUACUCAAAUCAAAGAUGCGAUAAGAGAUGGCUUGAGGGCUGUCAAAAAUGCUAUUGAUGAUGGCUGUGUGGUUCCAGGUGCUGGUGCAGUAGAAGUGGCAAUGGCAGAAGCCCUGAUAAAAUACAAAUCCAGUGUAAAGGGCAGGGCCCAACUUGGAGUUCAAGCAUUUGCUGAUGCAUUGCUCAUUAUUCCCAAGGUUCUUGCUCAGAACUCUGGCUUUGACCUUCAGGAAACAUUAGUUAAAAUUCGAACAGAACAUUCUGAAUCAGGUCAACUUGUGGGUGUGGACUUGAACACAGGGGAGCCAAUGGUGGCAGCAGAAGUAGGCAUUUGGGAUAACUAUUGUGUGAAGAAACAGCUUCUUCACUCCUGCACUGUGAUUGCAACCAACAUUCUCUUGGUUGAUGAGAUCAUGCGAGCUGGAAUGUCUUCUCUCAAAGGUUGAAUUGCAGCUUCUCUUGUGUCUGAAUUUUGAAGACUCCAGAGUGAUCCUGAAAAACAGCUGUGGGAUUUUUGUCCAAGUUCCAAAUGAUUUUCAAAAGAAUUUUCUUUGCCCAUUGGGGGGAGGGGAGAACAAUACUGGCACCUAUUCAAAUUACAAUGUUCUGAAAUUAUGAUUACAGUAUUUUUUAAAUUGCACUGAAUAUAUACACAUGAAGCAAAUCCUUUUA